CUAGCCCAUCCAGUUCCCACAAGCAGUCGGGAGCUUCAUUUUCUGCUUGGCUUUGGUGCUAAAAUGGAGGCUGCUUCGUCCUUGCUCUAAGCUGAUUGAUUUUGUGCACGAGUAUACAUGUUGACAUGCAAUAAAGCAGAAAGCAUUAUGGUUGUGGACACGCCUAAAACCAAUGGGCCUUUUCAGCCAGUUGUCCUUCUGCACUUCAGAGAUGUAGCUCCAGCUGAGCAAGAAAAUUUGUUCAUACAGAAGCUGCGGCAGUGUUGUGUCCUUUUUGACUUUGUCUCUGAUCCCCUAAGUGACCUGAAAUGGAAGGAGGUGAAGCGGGCAACGCUGAGUGAAAUGGUGGAGUACAUUACCCACAACCACAAUGUUAUCACGGAGCCCAUCUACCCAGAGGUGGUCCACAUGUUUGCUGUGAAUAUGUUUAGGACAUUACCUCCUUCAUCUAAUCCUACUGGAGCAGAGUUCGAUCCUGAGGAAGAUGAGCCUACAUUAGAAGCAGCUUGGCCACAUCUUCAGCUUGUCUAUGAAUUCUUCCUAAGAUUUUUAGAAUCACCAGAUUUCCAGCCAAAUAUUGCAAAGAAAUACAUUGACCAGAAAUUUGUCUUGCAGCUUCUGGAGCUGUUUGACAGUGAAGACCCACGAGAGAGAGACUUCCUAAAGACAACUCUGCACCGUAUAUAUGGGAAGUUUUUAGGACUUAGAGCAUACAUUAGGAAACAAGUCAAUAACAUAUUUUAUGGGUUCAUUUAUGAAACUGAGCGCCACAAUGGAAUAGCUGAAUUACUGGAAAUUCUAGGAAGCAUAAUCAAUGGUUUUGCAUUACCAUUAAAAGAAGAGCACAAGAUUUUCCUCCUUAAAGUUUUACUGCCUUUACAUAAAGUAAAGUCACUUAGUGUUUACCACCCACAGCUGGCAUACUGUGUGGUGCAGUUCCUGGAGAAGGACAGUACACUCACUGAACCGGUAGUGAUGGCCCUUUUAAAGUACUGGCCAAAGACACACAGCCCAAAGGAAGUAAUGUUUCUUAACGAGCUGGAGGAAAUCCUGGAUGUCAUUGAACCGUCUGAGUUUGUUAAAGUGAUGGAGCCUCUUUUUCGACAGCUGGCAACGUGUGUCUCCAGCCCACACUUUCAGGUGGCAGAAAGAGCUCUUUACUACUGGAACAAUGAGUACAUAAUGAGCCUCAUCAGUGACAAUGCAGCCAAAAUCUUACCCAUCAUGUUCCCAUCACUGUACCGCAAUUCAAAGACUCACUGGAACAAGACCAUUCAUGGCUUGAUCUACAAUGCUCUGAAGCUCUUCAUGGAGAUGAACCAGAAACUGUUUGAUGACUGCACACAGCAAUUCAGAGCAGAAAAGAAUAAAGAGAGAGCAAAGCUCAAAGAACGGGAAGAGGCCUGGAUUAAGAUUGAGAAUCUUGCAAAAUCAAACCCACAGUUCCUUUUGUAUGUCGACUCCUCUGGCCUAAAUGGUCUUGUCGAAAUGGACACUGAUGGGCCAUUAAUAGAAGAUAUUCAAAUGUUAAAAAAGACUGUAGUGGACGAAGACAUUCAGAUGCAAAAGGAGCUGUGGAGGGACCGGGCACUGGUGAGACGUACGUCUGAAUUGCCUCGGCACAUGUACACCACAAAAGCCUUGGAGUCACACUAUCGAGCUGAAGACAUGAUCACCAACCACCAUGGCCAUUAGCUACAUCUGUCUCCUCUUCACCAUCUCUAACAAACCAAGAUCUGAUGAAACGCAGUGCUGACUGAGUGACCCGUUGUUCUGAAAGUGACCCGCUUGGACGAAUACAUUCUUCUGCAAAUAGUAAUAAACACCCAAGCACUGUUCAUAGAGGAACAUACCGUACCGGUAUGAGGUCGACAUAUUGAUUGUUACUCAUUUUGAUCUUUUUUGAGAAGCAAAUGAAUUUCUGUUAUUUUGUUGAUUUUAUUUAACUACCUAUGACUUCCUGAAAACUUGAACACUUUUAAUUAUUGUGUGAUGUGUGAAUGUGAUCACAGCAUGCUUAUAAAUAUGUAUUAUUGGGGUGGUCUUUACAUUUUCUAAUUGUCUUUGUGUAUCACUAUUUGGACCUUAGUGUUAUUUUUCUUGAUUGCUUUAAUAUUUCUAUUGAUAUAUGUUUGAAUACUGUAGAAAAUAUAUAAAACCAAAUCCUAAAACACAACCAGUUUUCAGCUAAAGACUGAAAAUGUCUGUUUAAUUUUGUGUUAUUGUAGUGGUGUACUGCGUGUUACUCUUUGUGUGACACAGACUUUGACGUAUAAAUGUAUUUUAAUUUUAUUAAUCUCUUCUGUUCUAUUUACUGUACUAUUAUAAAUAUCGUAGAUAAUCAGAAUAUUUAUUUUAACAUGAUACGUGUCCUUUAAUAUAUUAUCUAUACUAUACUACUUCAGUUAAUACUGUACAUAUGUUUUCCUUUUAUUUUUCUGUGUAUAUUUAAAUUAAUUUGCUUAAAAAUAGUCUUCUGUACUAAAAAAAAAUAUAUACCAACUGCUGAACUUUGGAAUGUGUGUGUGUGGGGGGGAACCCUACACACACACACACACACACACACAAUUUUCAGUAUUGAAUAAUUGAAAAAUGUUCCAUCAGUUAUAAUCUCUGAAGGUUUUAUUGGGCCAUUCCUACACUGAUACUGGUGAUGAAGAUUAUUUGAGUGUUAUAAAGUGUUACCUAAUUUAAGUAGAGUAUAUCUAUAUAUAAUGAAUAAAGAGAUUAUCCGAGUUACUGUGUGUAUAUAUGUGCAAAGCCAUUAUGGUGGAGUCAAGAUGAUGACUACAUUUCCAUCAAAUUAAUUAAAUAAAGAAAUUUAAAAACC